UAACAGUGAUUCACCACAGAGCCACGAAAAGGGAUGUGCUAUGAGCUUCAAAAUUGGGCUCCGUCUAGCGUGGGAAAAUUUCCCAAGAGCAUUUUAUGACAGCAUGAUGGUCUAUGCGCUGCUGAGUGUAUUAGACUGUUGAAGAGACAAUAUGGUGCGGGUUAUUCUUGCGGGUCUAGUGGUCGUGACGGCGUUGGUAACGUACGUGAUAGUCCUACCGGUCCCUGACGAAGUAGGAGACAGUCCCUGGAUGGUGAAAACCGCUGCACUAAAAUGGAGACUUCAAUAUGUCUUGAAGCUCGUCACACCGAUUGGUAUCAAUGAGUGGUUCGAUGAAAGGGCAAGGGAAGACUCUAGGGCAGCUGGCCCAAAUGUGCCGUACACAGACGCGGUGUUUGACCGGGUUCCCGUCCGGAUAUUUACCGACGAGCCAGUGGGAGGGAUGACCGCUAAACGGCCGGCCAUCGUCUACUUCCACGGUGGAGGGUGGAUAAGAGGGAGCGUAGAUGGCUACCAUCCUGUGACGGCUCUACUAGCUCGAAAACUCAACCUGAUUUUAGUAUCUGUGGAGUAUCGUUUGGCUCCAAAAUACGUGUUUCCGACAGCGAUAGAUGACUGCACGGCUGCGACAGUCUGGUUUCUAGAGCACCUCAACGAAUACAACGUUGACCCUGCAAGGGUUGCCCUCAUGGGGGAUAGCGCAGGUGGAAAUCUGGCUGCAGCAACAGCACAACGACUUACCUUUGAUAAGAAGUACCGAGACCUGCCUAAAGUGAAACUGCAGGUCUUGAUCUAUCCAGCCUUACAGGCAUUCGACUUCAAAACGCCGUCGUACCAGCAAUAUGGCGACUACAGUACUUUGAUACUGGACACGGAAAUUGCAACGUGGAUGUGGAGCCUGUAUGGUCACGGUAGGAAGGAUUUAGGUAGCCUCGUUAAGGCAAAGAUGACCAACAACCACACCUCGGCUGCCGCCAAAAGGUCCCCGCUGGUCCAAGAAUGUCUCUCUCACGGUCUCAUUCCAGAUGAGUUCAAACAGAGUGGCUACGAAUCUACCUCACACGAUUUUGGAGACGAAGGCAUUUUCGAAAAGAUCAAAGGAGUUCUCCUGGAUCCAGACUACGCUCCUCUCAUGCGAAAAGACCUGAGAGGACUCCCAGAGGCGUACAUCCUGACUGCUGAGUAUGACGUCUUGAGGGAUGACGGCAUCAUGUACGCCAAGCGAUUGGAGAAGGGGGGAGUGCCGGUUACCUGGAAGCACUACAUGAAGGGUUAUCAUGGCAUGUUCAGUUUGGAGAAUCGUCCACUACUUUCGACUACGGUGGGCGAUAAGAGUGUCUCGGAUUUUAUUCAGUUUGCACGACAGAAUCUGCAUGAGAAAUGAACUGGAAAAAAUACCUAAUUAUUAUUAUUAUUAUCUUUGAUUUAUCAGGGAAGCCCAUUUACACAUGAUUGUGGUCUUCCCUAGGGCCCUGGGAAAUAAAUUAAGUUAAAAUUUAUUUAUUUAUUUUGUUUUCAUAGGCAACAGCAAGCAAAUCGCCGUUCACAGGUUAGGUAUUAAAAAUAAAUAUAACACAUAGGACUCUAGCAGGAAGCUAAGUGAUCCCUGGAGACGGAAGACUCCCUUUGGUUGAGCUCUUCAACGAGGCUUAUAUUUUAUUAAUUCCUAAGCACAUACAAUCCUAUAUAUACACCAGUACAGCAUAUUUUGCCUACCUUGUCGGUCUGGUGCGGCGGAUCGAACGCUUGUGCGGAGCAGAACCUAAAAUGGUGCGGCGGUCAACCCUUUCCGAGAGUAGUUUGGUAGUUCCGAAAUAACUGUUCUUAUGGUGAAGUGCGCGGGUAGUCACAUGAAGGCCCAGCUAGCUUAGGUUGGACCGAUGCGAGUGCGGUGCGAACUAGCCUAGGGUGCUAGAUUUUGCAGCAUCGUAGCGGCGCCCGUCACGGCUACGGCCGAACUGUUUGCCGGGUGAGACACCUCCAUAUCCCUCACCGCUGUGGUCCUGCUAAAUAGCCCUGGUCCUACCCGUCUCCACACUGAGUCAAUGGUGCAGUGUGGCUAUUGGAUCAUUACGCUCACCCCAGUCUAGUCUGAGCAGCAGUGUGGCACGGACGUAUGCAAAAAUCCUGGACUUGCAACGCCUUUGUAUGAAAGAGAGGCCAACCAGCAGCCAUUUUACCGAGCCGAAUAAAAAGCGUUGG